AGUGCAGAAGGCGUCCCUGAGGAGGUUGUGUGUGAGGCGAACGUCCCCCAGAUUUAUUCCAUGCUGCUCGACUGCAUGAACGACUACACCACGGACAGCAGGGGGGAUGUUGGCGCAUGGGUCCGCGAGGCUGCGAUGACAAGUCUGAUGGAGCUGACGCUCUUGCUGGGGAGGAGCCAGCCAGAGCUGAUCAGAGCCAGCGACUGCGAGCGGGUCAUGUGCUGCGUGGCCCAGCAGGCCAGCGAGAAGAUCGACCGUGUGCGCACUCAAGCUGGCCAUGUGCUCCUAACGUUGCUGCACUUUGACAGCCCCCCGCUUCCCCACGUGCCCCACCGGGAGGAGUUGGAGCAGAUCUUCCCAAGGUCAGAUGUGGCCACCAUGAACUGGAAUGCGCCGUCCCAGGCUUUCCCACGCAUCACCCGGCUCCUGGGGCUGGCGGCAUUUCGUUACCAUGUGCUACUGGGGCUGGCCAUGUCUGCUGGUGGCCUGACUGAGUCCACA